AUGUCGACAGCUACGCAAGAAAACCCCGUUACUGCCAUUACCAAUGUCAGAGUAUUCGAUGGGCAGAGGAUCUGUGAUCCGAGCACUGUUUUUAUUGAUGGAGAAUUGAUUGGCGGACCGGACGCAAUUCCCAACAGGACUAUCGAUGCCCAGGGUGCUAUUCUGCUACCAGGUCUGAUAGAUUGUCAUAUCCAUUUGCAUGGACCAGAAGACCUCGCGCGAAUGACCGAGUUCGGCGUCACCACAGCACUCGACAUGGCAACUUGGCCGAUCGAGCUCCUUCAAUCACUCCGCGGUAGGGAAGGCGUAACUGACAUCCGGGGUUGCGGUGUCGCUGCCACAGCUCCCGGAAGUGUCCAUAGCCGCAUUCCUACUCUGCCUCGCGACGCUUUGGUCUCGAAUGCAGUUGAAGCCAAACGAUUUGUGACCGAUCGAAUUGCAGAGGGGGCAGACUAUAUCAAAAUAGUCGCCGAUGUGCCUGGGCCCGAUCAAGAAACUCUCAAUGCCCUCGUCGCCAACGCCCACCUGGGCGAUAAGCUUGUUGUUGCUCAUGCUGUCAGUCUAACUGCUACAGAGAUGUCUCAACUUGCUGGUGUUGACUUCAUCACUCAUGCUCCUCUUGAUGGUGUUAUAACUGAUCAGGAUAUCCAACGAAUGCUCGAGAGUAAGCGCAUCAGUAUUCCAACCUUGACUAUGAUGAUAGGGGUGGCUCGGGCAACUGGCAGGGACUUCGAAAAUGCUCGUAAAACUGUGGCUGCGCUUCACCUUGCGGGUGUUCCUAUUCUGGCCGGUACGGAUUCCAACAAGGCCGCCGGCGUACCAUCAAAUGUCUCGCACGGAAUCAGUCUGCAUGAAGAACUAGCAUUACUAGUCGAUUGCGGGCUAUCAACGACCGAGGCUCUCCGGGCCGCCACGUCUCUCCCAGCAAAGUAUUUUGGCUUGAAUGAUCGUGGAGUCAUUAAACCUGGCUAUCGGGCUGAUCUGAUCUUGAUUCAAGACAACCCAAUUGAAGAUAUUAAGGCAACUAGAUCCAUAACCAGGGUUUGGAUUGCAGGCCAAGAAUGCUGCUGA